CUCGCUAUGGCAAAACGCAGGGCCGUCGCAGAUUCUGACGACGAGAAUGCCUCCCAGCCCGCCUCGAAGCGCUCCCGGACGACAGAGAGCGACGAGGAGGAGGAGCCGCACGCACCCCGCGCCACAAAGGGUAAAAAAGCCACGGCCAACGAGGCCAUGGAGCUUGACGAGGACGACGAGGCCGGCGUUGCGGAGAUCCAGCCCGAUGAUGCUGCAGAGAAGAAGUUUGAGGAGGAGAAUGAGGAGCUCAUCCGGGAGAGGCUUAUGAGCAAGAGCAAGACCCAGGGCGGCGUCGCGGAGAUGGGCAUUAUCGAGUCCAUUGAGAUGGCUCAGUUCAUGUGCCACAAGUACUUGACUUUCUCGCUGGGGCCACAGAUCAAUUUCAUCAUCGGACAUAACGGAAGUGGUAAGAGUGCAGCCCUCUCCGCUCUUACAGUUGCUCUCGGCGGCAAGGCGACGACCACCGGCCGCGGCAGCGGACUCAAGUCGUUCAUCCGCGAGGGGCAGUCUGUCGCCGAAGUCACGGUGGUGCUCAAGAACCAGGGCGAGGAAGCAUACCGGCCCAAGGACUACGGCAGGAGCAUUGUGAUCACACGUCGAUUCACCAAGGAGGGCGCGUCCUCAUACAAGAUCAAGAGCAGGGAUGGCAAGGUCGUCUCGACAAAACGCGAGGAACUUCAGGCUAUCUGCGACCAUAUGAACAUCCAGGUUGACAACCCUAUGAACAUCUUGACCCAAGACUCCGCCAGGCAGUUCUUGAGCGCAUCGACCCCGGCGGACAAGUACAAGUUUUUCUUGAAGGGCACUCAGCUCAGCCAGCUCAGCGAAGAGUAUCAGACCUGUAUGGAGAACAUCAGCCAAACGCACAAAGUCCUGGAGCGCAAGGCUGAGGUUAUCCCUGACCUCGAAGAGUCUGUCGUCGAGGCUCGUUCGCGCUGGCAGGAGGCGCAGAAGGCGGUUGCGCAGAAGACCAAGGCCGACGAGCUCAAGAAGGAGCUGGCCUGGGCGCACGUCGACAGCAAGAAAGAGGAGCUGACGAAGCAGCUGAACGAGGUCGCUCACAUCCAGCACAGAGUUGAUAAAUGCGAUGGACAGAUCCGACAGGCCGAGGCCGAGCGUGCGACGUGCGAUAUGAACGUCGAAGCCCUAGAAGACGAGAUUAAUUCCCUUGGCGACGUCGAUAGCCUGAAUAAGAGGAAGGAGGAAUUGGGCGUGCUGAUCAAAGCGAACAAGGCGAAGCUCAACGCGUUCAAGAACGACGAGCGGACGAUUCUGGAGUCCAAGGCAGGCGUCGACGCGACCAUAGCCGAGCUCGAGAGGAAGAUCCAGGACGAGCAGACGCGCCUGGAGACCCACUCGAAGGAGAAGCGCGAGCGCGCGCAGCACAAGCUCGCAGAGGCCAACGCGUCCCUCGCAGAGAAGGAACAGCAGCUCAAAGGUAUCACGGAGGAACGCAAGCGCCUCGAGGCCGAAGCUGAAUCUGCGCAGUCCGAAGGCCAGCGGCUGCAGAGUGAGCAGGACGAGCUGCGCAACCGCGUCGGCGAGUGCGAACAGCAGAUCCGGCGAUGCGGCGAGAUGGAGAAGAGCAAGCUCGCGCAGUUCGGCAGCAAGAUGGACUGGGUCCUCGCGGAGAUACAGAGGAGGAACUGGUACGGCCAGCCGCCCGUCGGUCCCUUCGGCCUCUACGUGAAGGUUAAGGAUGCGGAGAAGUGGGGCCCUCUUCUCCGGGUCGUCAUCGGCGGUGCGAUGAGCAACUUCGCCAUCACGGACGCGCGCGAUCGCCCUGCGCUAGCCGAUAUCCUCAAUAACAGCGGGAACAAACAUUGUCAGAUCAUCAUCUCUGAGGUUGAUCUCUUCGAUUUCAGCUCGGGCGAGCCUCCGCAACAUUGCCUCACCGUCCUUCGCGUCCUUGAGGUGACGGACGAGUAUGUCCUGCGUCGGCUUGUCGACAGCCAGCACAUCGAGAGCACGUUGCUAGCAGCGACCCGUGCUGAAGCCGAUCAGAUGCUCAUGUCCCUCGGGUCGGGCGGUGUGGCCUUCGCCGCAGACUUGUACAGGGUCGUCCGGUUCCCUGAGGGUGGAGGACAGUCUUCCGUCAUCAAUCAGCUCAGGAACAACGAUCCCAAGCAACAUCUUUUCCGCAACACUAACGCAGAGGCCGAGAAGAGGCGAUGGGAAGGACAGCGCGAUGAAUUCAAGGGCCGACUGUCAGGCCUGUCUCAGCGGAUCCUUGAGCUGCAGGGUACGCACAAGCGCUGCAAGAAGGCCGCUAGCGACCUACAGAUCCAGGAAGGCCCGCUCAACAGGGCCAUCCGCGGCAUCAAGGCAGAGAUGAACAACCUCCAGCUCGAGCUCAACGAGGAGCUGCCCGUCAACAUACAGGCGCUUCAGGAGGCUCUGGAGGAGCAACAAAUCGAGAAGGCCUCGGUCAUGGGCCAGUUCGAGCAGCUGGUCAAGGAAAGGGAGAAGGUCCAGCAGGACCAACGACCUCUCGUGGCCGAGUCAGAGCGGUUGCGCACCCAGCUUUCGGAGUUCAGCGAGAAGCGUUCCAACAUCUCUGAACGUCUCAACGCAGCGGUGACUGAACGGAUGCAGGCGGACAACUCGAUCAAGCAUUUCACUGCCAAGGCUGACGCCGAGCGCGAGAAGUUGGCGGCCGCGCAGGAGGUGGCCCAUACGCUCGAGGAGGAGUACCAGGCGUGGUCAGCGAAGGCGUCCAAGUACUGCGACCCCGUUCCCAAUCCUCGCAAGGUAGACGCUGUACAGCGUAAUCUCGAAGCCGUGCAAGCAGCACUAGCCGAGCGCGAGAGACGGCAAGGCGCGACGAUCGAGGAGAUCGCGGAUGAUCUACACAAGAAAGAGGCUGCUUUGGACACGGCGAAGAUGGAACUCAAGGCCUUGAAUUCUCUCAACAAUGCUUUGAAGCGGUCUGUCAAGCAACGUCUUGCCAGGUGGCACGAAUUCCGCCGGCACAUCGCGCUCCGCUGCAAGGUCUACUUUGCGUACCAUCUGUCUAACCGUGGUUACUUCGGCAAGGUCCUGUUCGACCACGUCAGCGGUACUCUGAACCUAAAGGUCCAAACCGAUGAUCAAGCUGCCACUCAGACCCAGGUUCGCGAGAAGGAUCCCCGGUCUCUGAGCGGUGGCGAGAAGUCGUUCUCGACUAUAUGUCUUCUGCUGUCGCUGUGGGAGUCCAUCGGGUGUCCCAUCCGUUGUUUGGACGAGUUUGACGUCUUCAUGGACGCGGUCAACCGUCGUAUCAGUAUGAAGAUGAUGAUUGACACCGCAAACGCGUCCAAGGGCAAGCAGUACGUCCUCAUCACGCCCCAGGACAUGAACAACAUCAACCCCGGCAGCACCGUCCGCGUGCAUCGCAUGUCCGAUCCCGAACGUGGGCAAGGCACGCUAGCGUUCAAUUAGUCGUACCGGCGAUUCCUCAGUUUCCUCGUCGUGGCCACGACGAACUCCCGGCGGCAUGUUGCAAGCUUCUGUGGUGGUACGUUGGCUCACUCGUUAUGAUAGUAAUAGGCACCUAGUUAGCUACAGUACAUUACCGCAUGCAAUUAUGUCUAUUUUCUCGACGUUGGCAGAUAGCUUCGCCGCCGCACAGAAUGUUC